CGUCUUCCAAUUUCCAACAUUUUACAUCAUCACAUAUUAAUCGAGCCAAACAACAGAGUCGCAUGUCUUUUUUGACCGACGCCGGUUUUAUAGCCUUCAAGAAGAUUACCAAAGCUUUCAGCAGCUUACCAGUUGUCAAUUGCGCCGACUUCUCCAUCAACAACGAUUCAGCGGAUUCACGAUAUUCACGGCGAGUUGCAAUAACCCCAAUACUAGGAUCCGAAGUUCAAUAUGUCGGAUUUUGAAGAUGAGAUGGACGUUGAUGGUCCUGCACCAUCAAAUGAUAUCACAUUCUCUUCUGAUAACACGGCAAAAGGCAAGCGUAGUGCUGCUAACCUACCUGUAGAGGCCGAAGACUCUUUACCAUGGGUUGAGAAAUACCGACCUGUAUCUCUAUCUGAUGUUUCGGGCCACCAAGAUAUCCUAGCUACUAUCAACAAAUUCGUCGAUACGAACCGAUUACCACAUCUCCUCCUCUACGGCCCUCCAGGAACGGGUAAAACCUCUACUAUUCUAGCACUUGCGAGACGAAUUUACGGAGCGGAUAACAUGCGCCAAAUGGUCUUGGAAUUAAAUGCUUCGGACGAUCGAGGUAUUGAUGUUGUGCGAGAACAAAUAAAGACGUUUGCAUCGACAAAGCAGAUCUUCACUAUGGGCGGUGCAUCACGUCCUGGUGGAAUCGCAAGCUACAAGCUCAUCAUUCUUGACGAGGCUGAUGCUAUGACAAACACAGCACAGAUGGCUCUGCGACGAAUUAUGGAGAAGUACACGGCGAACACACGAUUCUGUAUUAUCGCCAAUUACACACACAAGUUAUCACCUGCACUUCUGUCUCGAUGUACGCGUUUUAGGUUUAGUCCGCUGAAGGAGGGUGAUAUUCGAGUUCUAGUAGACAAAGUCAUUCUGGAUGAGGGAAUCAAGAUCUCGGGUGAAGCUACGGAUGCUCUAGUCAAGCUGAGCAAAGGUGAUAUGCGACGAGCUCUGAAUGUGCUUCAGGCUUGUUACGCAUCCAGUACCCCGAUGCAACCCAAAGACGCACCGAAGAUCCCCGAUAAGGACAUUGUCAGAGAAAACAUCACAACCGAAACUAUCUACAAUUGCAUAGCAGCACCUCCUCCCGAUGCGAUUACGAAGAUUGCUUGUACAUUGCUUGCUACUAGCGACGUAACCACAUGUCUCUCGACCAUUAAUACAUUGAAGGUAGCAAAUGGCCUUGCAUUGGCAGAUAUUAUUACUGCCCUGUCGGAAGAGAUAAUGAAGAUGGAGGUCAAGCCUGAAGUUAUGAUAAGGUGGCUUGAUGGUCUGGCUGAGAUAGAACACAGAGUUUCUGCAGGUGGAAGUGAAGCUAUCCAGACAGGUGCAGUGGUUGGUGUAAUAAGGGAAGGAUGUGAGCUCAUGGGAUAAGGUAUGUGAGUACUUGCCUAAGAUAUUAAAGUAAGCUAUCUACCUAGGUAACCAGGAACUGGCUGAUAAAGAAAUGAAAUAAAAUAAAAUAUCCGAGGUUAUCACCUGCCCUGAUGUUCUUGGGGCGUUGAAGGAACUCACUUGCAUGCUGGCUACGAUGUCAUCUU